AUGUCCCCGGUGGAGCACGACUACCCACCUAGGGAGGUGCACCGGCCCAAUACUGAUCGCCACGCGGCCAAGCAUUCAUAUAUCCAACCUCAGCCCAGCGCGCCCGCCGGCCGAGUCCAUAUUUACACAACCAACACUCCUUCCCACAGCCGUGCCUCUUCCGAUUCCAUUCACUCAAACACCUACGCCGCAAUGGACGACCAGGUCAUGAUACCAGCAAAGCCCAGCCAACACGGUGGCCCACAGUCAGAGGAUCAGGCCCCUGUUCUCCCCCAGAAGAGCGCCCUCCGAGCAUCGCGGCUACUCGACAACCUGGUUGGCCUGAAGUUGACAAUGCCAGACCCGCCCAGCUUCACACAAACACCCCACGAUGAGUACAUGUCCUCGGAGGAGGACGCCUCCUCCACGGCUGGUGACUUCUCAGACUUCGAGUACGAUUCAAGUAGCGAUGAUGUCUGCCCUUCGCCUGCAAAAGACAGGAGGAGCCACGAGGUAACGGCCAGGGUGGUGUCAGUCAUCUUCUCAGGGAAGCCGUCUGUCGUGGAUGUGCCACAAAACCGACGGUCGAUCUCACCCACCUCGUUCGAGAGGCGGCAGAGCAUCAUGGACCUCGCCUCACAAUCACUCGCUCAGGAGGAAUCUGAGGUCAAGAGGCGGCGGAUGUCUGUUACAAGCACGUCUUCCGACUCGGUCUCCACCAAACCAGUACGGGCUGCCCACCCUCCUCGAAGCAGCAGCAUGCAGCCACCAGCCACCCACAACACAAUCAAGAAGACGAAACCGGCCUUCCUACAGAUCGAUCCUUACGCCAACGGAAGCGUGUACUCGCUAGACGUUCUCCAGGAGCCAAAAGAGCCAGAGCAGGAGGACGACCGCCCAAAAACCCCCAGGACGCCUACCAAGAUGUUCAAGGGCGUGGCUAGGACAUUGAGCUUGAUGAAGAGGCGAAGCACCCCAAGGAUGAACCAAGCAUUCCUGUCGUCAGCCUCCCAAGAACACAUGCCCCUGGCGACAUCGCCAUCGAAGCGCAGCAUCCUGGGCGAGCCGUUGUGCGAAGCACCACAGGAGAUGAGCGAGGAGGCGAUUGAGGAGACGUCCGAGUUCGCUGUGCCGCCCCCACCACAGAGGCCGCCGCCUCAACCUCACUCGGCCGCAGUCACGUACGACGAGAUAGUCCGCGUCGCCAAAAGGAACGAGAGGAUCGAAAGGAACGAGAAGUUGCUCUCUGUCGCGCGGACACCAACCAGCGACCUCGCUGAGUCGCCCAUCUCUCCAAUGUCUCCCCUGUCCGCAACUAGCACCAACACGACUGCCACCACCGGCAAGAGAAUGUCAAGUUUCAACGCCGCACGGAGGAGAAUGAGCAUCAAGCUCACCGGAAAAUUACAACUAUAA